AUGAAGGCCUUUAGUGUUAACCUCAUAAUAUUCCUUGAGCUCGUAUCAGCCUUAGCUGCGACUGCUGAAGGGGAGACUACAUAUCCUCCUUGUGGAACCCUGUCGACAUUUUCUAUUCAAAAAUGGCCCGUCGAUACUAACGACGACGCUGAUUUCGGGUUUCGCCUGUCGACUGGCUUCGAUGAUUACACAUCACUCUGCAGUGGACAAUGGCGAGGUGUAGAAACCGAGUGGCAGGAAUGCGACGAGAAUUCCGAGGACUCUAACACCAUGUUCAGGGGAACAGCUAGUGGAUACCUCGAUGUGACGCACAGGUACCUCUGCAAGCGACCGGAUGAGUCUGAGGGGAGGAAUGCUAUAGCUCUGGCUGUUGCAAAUGGCUCUGUAUUACUCGAUUUUUCCGAGAAGGAUAGCCUUACUUUCAACGCGUAUAUCAAGACGAUGCACCGGAGGCCCAACACAGAAUGCGCGGAUGCAUCACACCAUCCAAAGUGGAUUGUCGAUGGCUUCGACUGUGGUAUCGGAUACCUAAAUACCCCUGGAGGUCCAGGGCCGGGCGGAAUCGCUGGAGUUAUUGCCUCAGUCAGUUUUGAUUUUCUGAACGAGGCGAAUGUUCUUCGUGCUUCAGAAUUAGCGGGAGUUAACAAGGUCUAG